AUGGUGAAGAUUAGACCAUUUAAAGGCUACGUCGUAGAUCCUUCAAUCGCUCACAGACUAAUAGCUCCUCCAUACGAUGUCUUGGACUCUGACGAAGCCCGCAUCAUGGCACACGGAAAUGAAGCCUCAUUUCUCCAUUGCAAUAAACCAGAAAUUGACCUUCCAGAAGAUGUUGAUGUCUACUCUGACAUCGUCUACCAAACCGGCCACAAAAAUUUGCAAGCCUUCAUUGCAAACCAUUGGCUAAUCCAAGAGCCAGAAGAACUUAUCUACAUCUACGCCCAAACCAUGAACGGAAGAAUCCAGUAUGGGAUUUUAGCUGGAGCCUCUGUCGAUGACUAUGAAAAUGGCCGCAUAAAGCGUCAUGAAUUAACCAGAAAGAAAAAAGAAGAAGACAGGACCAAAUUAACUGAUAUCCAAGGGGCAAAUGUAGGUCCAGUCUUUUUAACUUACCCUGCCAGUGAAGAAAUUGAUAGCGUUGUGUCGAGCGUGAUAGCGAGAAAUGCAUUUGCAGAUGUGACUACAGAUGAUGGGAUUAGACAUACACUUUGGAAAUGCACAAGUGAAGAGUCUGCUGUCCUUGUGAACUGCUUUGAAAAUAUCCCGUUCACAUAUAUAGCGGAUGGACAUCACAGGAGUGCUUCUGCUUUUAAUGUAGGAAAGCUGAGACAGGAAAGAGCGAAGGCUGCAGGACAAGAGAUCACAGGAAAUGAAGAUUUUAAUUAUUUUAUGGCUCUGCAUUAUCCUCACAAUCAAUUGAAGAUCUUUGACUAUAACCGAGUCCUCAGGGAUUUAAAUGGGUUAACACCUGAGCAAUUUUUAACUGCUUUAAGGGAAAAUUUCGAUGUUUAUGAUAUCUCUGAAAGAGCACCUCCUGCCAAACACCAUUAUUCUUUAUAUCUAAACGGCAAAUGGAUAGGGCUUAGAAUCAAGCCAGAAAAAAUCAUAGGGACUGACCCUGUCAGCAAUUUAGACUCAUUUCUGCUUACCCAGCUGUGCCUUGCCCCAAUCUUGGGAAUAGAAGACCUUACUACAAGCGAAAGAAUUGAUUUUGUAGGCGGAAUUCGAGGACUUGACGAGCUUGAAAGAAGAUGCGACUAUACCAAGCUUCCUACAUACCAGGAAAUGAGACAGCAAAUUUUCAAUGAAAUCAAUAAUGCCCGCACCAGCCCUCAGAAGUUUGCAGAGAGGAUGGAAAACACUUUGAAUUUGUAUAAAGCAAAUAAAGUGAAAUGCAGAUAUGGUGCUGAGCCACUGUUUACAAAUGAAGGAACUGAGGCUGCAAAAGAAGCCAUUUUGGAACUGAAAAGCACUGAGCAUAUGCAUGCUUUGGAGUGAUCAGAUGGCCUGAGCAAAGCAAGCCAGUUCUUUUGCAAUGAGAGUGGCUCACAAGGACUAAUUGGCCGCAAUGAAGGCAACCAAAUGAGUUUUGCUGACAGGAUUGCGAGGUUUGGGCAUUGGUCUGAGUCGAUUUUUGAAGCUAUUGAUUAUGGCUCUGUUGACGGCUUUGAAGUUGUCUGCAUGCUUCUUGCUGAUGAUGGUCUCAGCAGCCGCCCUCAUAGAAAAGCUAUCCUAAACCCCCGCUUCAAAACUAUUGGUGUCGGCUGUGCCCCUCACACAAAAACCAAAACCAUCGCAAAUGUCACCUUGUCUGAGCAUUUCAUUGAAAACGCCCAGACAGAAGCUGUCGAAGUAAGCCACGAAAGGAUCGAAAGCAUCAUAAUCAAUGAUGAAUGGCCUGAAAACGCUCUAAAACUGACUUGUCAAGUCCACAAAGGCUGUGAAGGUGACAAAAAGAUGGAAAUCAUCAAGAAGACAUGGACACUGGCUGAUGGCAGUACUAUAGAAGCUCAAGAAGUGCAUGAAGAAACAGGAACCAAAAAAGACUGUGUGGCUGCAAUUGCAUUGUACCCUGUUAUGAUUGAAGAGGUUAUGGCAAUUGCAGACGCUGGACAGAUCAUGCCUCCCAAGUCCACCUGGUUCGAGCCCAAGCCUAGAUCUGGAAUGGUCGUUAACGUCUUCCAGCAUUAA